UAGUGGGGGUGGCUGCGUGGGUCGCCAUGGGGACGGGGCUGUUCCCGGGGAGGCUGUGAUGGGUUGACAGGUGCGUGACAGUGGGAGCUGCUCUCGGCACAAGCAUGUACGGCAAAGGCAAGAGUAACAGCAGCGCCGUCCCGUCCGACAGCCAGGCCCGGGAGAAGUUAGCACUCUACGUAUAUGAAUAUCUGCUCCAUGUAGGAGCUCAGAAAUCUGCCCAAACAUUUUUAUCAGAGAUAAGAUGGGAAAAAAACAUCACAUUGGGGGAACCACCAGGAUUCUUACAUUCUUGGUGGUGUGUAUUUUGGGAUCUCUACUGUGCAGCUCCAGAAAGACGGGAAACAUGUGAACACUCAAGUGAAGCAAAAGCCUUCCAUGAUUAUCCUUUUAUGUCACCUCGGUACCCUGGAGGUCCAAGGCCCCCACUGAGGAUACCUAACCAGGUAAGAUUUAUGUCCAAUUUUAAAGGAGCAAAACCAUUGAUUCCGACUCAUAGCAACCCUGUAGGGCAGAUUGGAAUCCACCAUCCACUCCUUGGAAACCCGAUGGGACAACUUACUACUCCAAAGUCUGACCCUUGGUUAUCAUUACAGAACUAUGGAGGUGCAAUGAGACCCCCACUGAAUGCUUUAGGUGGCCCUGGAAUGCCUGGAAUGAACAUGGGUCCAGGUGGUGGCAGACCUUGGCCAAACCCAACAAAUGCCAAUUCAAUACCAUACUCCUCAGCAUCUCCUGGGAAUUAUGUAGGUCCUCCAGGAGGUGGAGGGCCACCAGGAACACCCAUCAUGCCUAGUCCAGCAGAUUCAACCAACUCUGGAGACAAUAUGUAUACUUUAAUGAAUGCAGUACCUCCUGGACCUAACAGACCUAAUUUUCCAAUGGGCCCUGGGUCAGAUGGUCCAAUGGGUGGCUUAGGAGGAAUGGAAUCACAUCACAUGAAUGGCUCUUUAGGCUCAGGAGAUAUGGACAGUAUUUCCAAGAAUUCUCCCAAUAAUAUGAGCCUGAGUAAUCAACCGGGCACUCCAAGGGAUGAUGGCGAAAUGGGGGGAAAUUUCUUAAAUCCUUUUCAGAGUGAGAGUUACUCCCCUAGCAUGACAAUGAGUGUGUGAUCCAUUACCAAGUCUCCUCAUGGAAACCACAGUGAGUCAGCCCUUCACAGAACUACUACGGAAGAAAAUUAUCCAUCACAAUGUACAGUUAAACAAAGGAAUCUCAGUCAUACCAAACCAACCUUUUUAUUUCCUGCUCUCUCCCCUGUUUUGUGAAGAAAGCGGAUCCAAACGUGAUUCAAACAACUGUACGGAGUGGCAUAUUAGAAUUGCCCCAAACUGAACUGCAACUACUUAUCUGUGUAUGUAUAUGUGUGGGAAAGAGAAUGUAUUGUAUAUGUGUAUGUUAUAUGGACAUAUGCACAUACAUGCAUUGACCCACAGGACAUUGUAAAAUAUCACAUGACAUAUUAAGUAGAAGUAAGUAGGGACUUUUAUUCCAUCCUUUUUUUCACGUUUACAUUUUAAUUAUUAAAAGUUGCUCCUGCCCCUCCCUGAACUAUUUUGUGCUGUGUAUAUCACUGCUUUAUAUAAGUUAUUUUUUAAGGUGAACUCAGAUGUUAUGGUUUUGUAAAUGUCUGCAAUCAUGGAUAGGAAUAAAAUUGCUUAUUUGAGAGCUUUCAUUAAAUUGUGUCUGAUGCAAGUUAUCCUGUGAAUCACAAAGCGUAUUGUCUAACAAAAUAGAAGAAAGUGUGUCUUCUUCUUUAUGUCAAAUCAAACACUUUCUCAGUUACCUUCGGUGAAAAGUACUUGUGUACUAUUCACUUAGGAAAGACACUUAAAAUCAGCAGAAGCUUACCUGGAGCCUAACACAGUAUAUUUCUGCAAUAACUACUUUAAGUGGAAUUUUUGAUUUGUUUGUCUUAGAUGAUAUAGAAAAUCAUAAAUUAACUCCAAUUGCUUAGACACAGCAAUAAAGUGACAUGAGUUGUCAUAUUUUUAGAAACAAGUUUUCUCUUUAACGUGAUGAAGCCCAGAAGUGAUAACAAAGUCAUUUGCUUGAAUUUGUCACUUCCUCAGGAGGAGUACUAGAGCUAAAUUUUUAAUACCAUACUUAUGUGAAAUGGUCUCUAAUUUUUAUUCAGACUUCUUGUGAACAUUUCCACAUAGACUUUGCAAAGCAGAUGCAGUGAAAUGAUUGAGACUUUCAGCACCAGGGAAGAGGAAUUUUUAUGAUAUCUGAGGGGCUCUGGGGUGCCGCUUUUCUACCCAGGUAGCAGAAUUGACUGGUAAAGUCCACUCUGUGUGUACCUCCUCACUGGCAGCAAAGCACCUGCUCUGUUCCCAAGAUAUAGGGGUUUGAUUCAGAGGCAAAUCAUCUUAGUAACUUCACUUCAUCUGCCCUUUGACUUCAGCAGACUAAAUCCAUAUUGGGUAACUAUUCAGAAAAGAGUAAAUGUUUUUUAAAAAAUUUUCCACUUCCCUUACGAAAGCAUCUGUUGUAUGGCGCUUUCCAGGCCUUUUGUUUGUGUGUGUGUUUCAUUACAUGUACAAACACCUAAAUCACAAUAGAAAAGUGAGUAAUUUUAUACUCUAAAAGAUAACUUGGUGAUCCUUUCUGUUAUAAUUGGGAUACAAAUAUCCGUUGACAAACAUCAACUAUAUAUCCAAACUCCAGAGACUAUUGAAAGCAUUGUUUAAUCUCAGGUAAGAGGACCCUUCUGCUUCCUUUAGGCUUAUGGUCUGUAAAGUGAAGAGUAUACUUGCUAGUUCCUG